CGCACCCCCACACACCCUAGGUUUAAAAUACAAACACGACCGUAUCAAACAUGAGUCGACCACAACCACCGCAUAAAAACCAUACAAGAGUCGAGCCCGUACGUCCUCUCUUCCCCGUCUCUCCAUAAUCCAUCGGAUCCACCGCGACGAUGUUCGACCCUAUCGUUCUUGCUUCUUCUACGGCGACAUGGGUGAUCAACAAACUGCUGGACAGCCUCACCAAAGCUGCCAUCAAAGCGCUGCUGAAGAAGGAAGAUCUCGAUCAGGAGGUCGAGAAACUCAAGAACGCGCUGCAGCGCACAAAUCUCGUCCUCGGCGCCGUGCCCGUUGGAGUCGCCGCUGGGGUCAAAAUUGAGAACACGAAUUUGGAGGAGCCGAUCCAAGAGGUGCAGCAGCUGGCCACCGAACUCACCAAGUACCUCGACGAGCUGGAGUACUACGACAUCAAGGACAAGGUGAAACAGAAUAUUCCGAAGAAAAGCUGGAUGAAAACUAUUACUCAUGCCGUCGGACAUUCGAAUCCAAAGAAUGACAAGGUUUACAUAGCACGUAUAAGGGCUAUAGUGGAAAAACUGCAUAACAUUUGUGGGAAUGUUUAUGAGGCUCUCUAUGCAGAUAAACUUGCUGCAGUUAUCCAAGCAAUUAAAAUAACAAGCACAGACAUGCGGGAAAAUGCACAAUACUCCACUCAAACUAAGGUAUUCUCCAGGGAUAACGUGAAGAACAAGAUUUUAGAAGUUAUCAGUACCCGGGCAUCAAGCGAUCAAGUAUCUGUUAUUCCAAUUGUUGGUGACGGAGGUGUUGGAAAGACAACACUUGCUCAACUUGUGUACAAUGACCCAGAAGUACAAGCUAAAUUUGACAUCAUGAUCUGGAUAUACGUAUCUGCUAACUUUGAUGAAGUCAAGCUUACACAAAAGAUUCUGGAACAAAUACCUGAAUGUGGGCACAAAAAUACCAAGAGUCUUGCUGGGCUUCAACAUGAUAUGAACAAAUUUUUGAGCAAAAGGUUUCUACUUGUGUUGGAUGACAUGUGGGAAGAGAGUGAGGGUCGUUGGGACAAGCUGUUGGCUCCUAUCAGAGCUACACAAGUCAAGGGUAACGUGAUUUUGGUGACCACUCGGAGCUUAUCGGUUGCCAGGAUAACUACCAGAACAGAGGCCGAUCACAUCAAUUUGGAUGGAUUGGAUGAACAGGACUUUUUCCCCUUCUUCAAAAGAUGCAUAUUUGGCGAUGAGAAUUUUCAAGGCCAAAGAAAGCUACUAAAGAUUGCAGAAGAUAUAGCCAGUAAACUGAACAGAAAUCCAUUAGCUGCAAAAAGUGUUGGCUCACUUUUGAGAAGAAAUGUCAAUGUGGAGGACUGGAUAAGAAUCCGAGACAGCGAUGAAUGGAGGUUUAAUGAAAGGAAAGAUGCCAUUAUACCUGCACUAAAGCUCAGUUACAAUCACCUUCCCUACCACCUUCAGCUGCUCUUCUCUUACUGUGCUAUAUUUCCAAAGGGGUACAAGUUUGACAAAGAGGAAUUGAUACGUACAUGGAUUGCUUUGGGCUUUGUUGUGCACGAGAGAAAGAAAUUGGAGGAUCAAGGAAGUGAUUGUUUUGAUGAUCUGGUAGACUGGAGCUUCUUUCAUAAACAUGAACAGUACUUCGUUGUGCAUGAUUUAAUGCAUGAUGUUGCACAAGAAGUCAUGGUGAAGAAAUGCCUAAUUAUUGAUUGCUUAGAUCUUAGAAAAGUUUUCCCCUCCACUUGCCAUCUUGGAAUCUGGACUGAGCUGGCAUACAACGAACAAAGCAUUGAACGGAAUGAGGACUUCGAAGAGAAAUUAGAUUCCAUCCAGGAUAAGGAUAUCCUGAAACGCUUGGAGAGUUUAAUUCUUGUAGGGCUAUAUGAUGAGAAUUUCUCUGCCAAGUUGGUGACUAUUUUUGAGCAACUACACUAUGUCCGGGUUCUCCGGUUGCAGUUCAAUGAUGUUAUGUUGUUGUCCAGUAUAAAAAAGUUCAUCCAUCUGCGGUAUUUGGAACUAAGAUAUACUUCUGACAAGCACAAACCUUUGCCUAAGCAUAUAUGUAAGCUUUACCACCUACAAACAUUAGACGUCAGACAUUGGAAUGGUCUAGAUGAUUUACCAGAGGGUAUGAAUAAUCUUGUGAACCUACGUUAUCUGCUUGUUCCCGGGUCAGGAUCAUUGCACUCAAAGAUAUCAAGAGUUGGAGAUCUUGAAUUUCUACAAGAACUGAAAGAAUUCCGUGUUCAAAAAAAAGAUGGCUUUGAUAUUUCACAGCUGGGGAACUUAAAAGAGAUCAAAGGGUCACUUAGUAUCCUUGAUCUUGAGAAUGUCACGAACAAGGAGGAGGCGACUCGUGCAGGGAUUAAACAGAAGAAACAUUUGAGGUCACUUUCACUCUCAUGGGGGAGUGCAAGCGCAAGUCCAGCAACUAUCCAGGAUAAAGUAAUGGAGGGUCUUAAACCGCAUGAAAAUCUUGCCCAUCUUACUGUUGUCAAUUAUGCAGGUGCUACUCCAUUAUGGUUGGCUAAAAAUCUUUCACUCACCAAUUUAGAAAGCCUCCAUCUCCAAGACUGUCCAGCAGUGAAAAUCCUUCCACCAUUUCAGAUUAUGCCAUUCCUCAGGACUUUGUCCUUGGUUGGUUUGUCCUCUCUAAAUGAUUGCCAGAUUGACUUCCAAUCCUGUGAGGAGGAAGAGCUCGAGUUAAAUGAAAUUCAGAUAUUGAAGUGCUCAGCUCUAACAUCGAUAAGACUUCAUUCCUGCAAGGCACUGACUAAGUUGAGCAUUAAAGACUGUGGAGCAUUGACAAAGUUGAGCAUUACAAACUGUGGAGCACUCGCUUCCUUGGAGUUGGAGGGUAUGCCAUCUUCUGAUCAAUUGAUGAUCAAUAUCCAAGGAUGCUCUCAACUUCCAUCUGGCUUCAUCUCAAACUGAUAAUUUUGUUGGCAAACCACUACGGAGACUAUCUAAUACAUAAGCGUGGAGAGAAUAAUUGCGGCAUGCAUGUGAUGCUUGGAUGUGGACAACCUUUAUUUUUCUCAAAAUAUAUUAUGUCAUUUCUACUCUUCGGAGGUCAUUGGGACACUUUUGGUGGUACUGCAAUUUUCUUUGUGGUUUUGGAAAUUCUUGUCUAAUAUGAUUCAUUGUCAUUUUCUUUAAAAGCAUAAAACUAGUGUGGUUGGCACACCAAUCAAACACUUCAAUGUUUGAAUAAUUUGAACAGAAAGCAGUAUGUGAAACAUCAUGUCGCAGAAGAUUCCUUGAGAACCCUUGUAUGAAAACGAUUGUAACUAUUACGGAUAUGUGCAUUACCGGUUGAGUGUCCUUAC